AUAUUCAAACUUGGCGGAAAACGACAAAACAGUGGCGGAGUAGCAGACUGAGUUCCUCCGACAAGUGUCCCAGGAUCGCAGAUGGCUCCACGUGGACGGUCCGAUUUUAGCCAGUGGUUUCUUCACGAUGAAGAAGAUUAACCCUCCCUCGUGGCUUCGUCGCAGCUGAAAUUGCUUACUCCAUUGUUGUCGUCUCAUCUCAUCUCCCGCCGCUCCCCAAAACUAAAAACUUGAAAAAACAGCACAGUUCUUUGUUUAAUCUCUUCUCAUCUUCACUCUCGCAGUUAUCGUAAUCCAAUCCUGUUGUUUUACGCAAGUUCGUACUGACUGACAGAAGAAUCAGCAGCACAGAGACUCAUUCGAGCAAAUCAAAGCGCAAUCGUCGCGUAUCGAAGCUUACAGGUUUGGCAGGCAGCAGAGUUGAAACUGAGUCGACGCCGAGUUGAGGUUUCUGCUUAGUUCGCCCUAGCUCGAAAUCGACGUCCAUCUCCAGAUAUUCUCAGUUGAGCUUGAUCGAGAAAUAGGUUUAGCUGUUGAAGGAUUGAAUUACAAUCUUCCGGAUAUGAGUAUGGAAGAUUAUUGAUUUUUAGCUAGCUCGAUACCAUGGUGAAAGUCGGGAAUUCCUCUCCAGCUCCUGGAGAAGCUGAUCUUCUCGCAUCUGACAAUCAAACGAAAUCCGAUGAUCAAACAGCCGACGCCGUCCGGCCAGUUAAGAAGAAGCGGAAUCUUCCCGGCAUGCCUGAUCCGGAUGCGGAAGUUAUCGCCUUAUCGCCGAAAACCUUACUGGCGACGAAUCGAUUCGUCUGCGAGAUCUGCAACAAAGGGUUUCAGCGCGACCAGAAUCUGCAGCUCCACCGGCGUGGCCACAACCUGCCAUGGAAGCUCCGGCAGAGGACGGGGAAGGAAGUGAGGAAGCGCGUUUAUGUGUGCCCCGAACCCUCCUGCGUCCACCACGACCCUUCCAGAGCCCUCGGCGACCUCACCGGAAUCAAGAAGCACUUCAGCCGGAAGCACGGCGAGAAGAAGUACAAGUGCGAGCGGUGCUCCAAGAAGUACGCCGUCCCCUCCGACUGGAAAGCGCACAUGAAAACCUGCGGCACUCGGGAGUACCGCUGCGAUUGUGGCACUUUGUUUUCCAGGAGGGAUAGUUUUAUUACGCAUAGAGCCUUUUGUGAUGCGUUGGCGGAGGAAAGCGCGCGGUCUCAGCCUGCAGCGACGUCGACGGAGACGGCGGCGGCGGCCGCAGCUGCAACUCCGCCGCUUACUCCGUCUACUGGUGUGCUUUCUCCGGUCAUCUCCAUCCAAAGCUGCGAAUUGCCGGAAAAUCAGAACUGUAGUCUACAGCCACCGUCUCUAGUGAACUCCGGCGGCGGCGUGUCCACUCUCACAGCCACCUCUUCCACCGGCAGAGCUCUUCCUAAUAUAUUCAAUCCACCGUCAGCUGCAUCAGAAGUACCCCUCCAAUCAUCUCCGCCACCGUCGUCAUUCUCCGGCCUACUCUGCGCGACGGCGCCGCCGGUUGAUCAUAUGGCGCUGUCGUUGUCUUCCUCGUUGUACAGCGCGACGUCGUCUUUGUUCCCGGUCGCCACGUCACCGCCGGCCUUCCUCCAGAGCCCCCCGUCGGCGGCAUUGUCCGCCACCGCACUGCUUCAGAAAGCCGCUCAAAUGGGCGCUACCUCCUCCAAUUCGUCAUUUCUCCGCGGCCUCGGACUCGCCGCGCCGUCGUCUCAUCAAUUCGAUCAACACCGCAUUGCUUCGACUACGGCGGCGGCGGCUUCGACCUCCGGAUCCAGCCACGGCAUGAAGCUUGAAAGCAGCUUCGGAAUAGGGUUAGGUCAGCCGUCCGCCGCCGCCGCCGCCGCCGCAGGCGUGUCGGUGUUGAACGGAGUGAUGAUGACGAAAUCGACGCUGCUCGGCGGCACGCCGGCGACCGUUGAUUUCCUAGGUCUGGGCAUGGGUGAUCAUGGGGAAGUGGCCGGCGCGGGUGGUUUCUCGGCCUUCCUGAACUCAAUCGGCGGCGGAUUAAAUAUCCCGACGACGACGACGGCGACGAUGACCUCAUUUCCCGGCGGAGAGACGACGUGGGACGAAUCCUCAGAUCGGAAGCCGCCGCCCUCCUCUAUGCUAUAGACAGUUAUAGAGAGAGAGAGAGACCAUAAAGCUUUUUGCUGGUAUACAGAACGACGUCGUCGCCGCCGGCUGCUGGUUCUGGUACUUUUUAUAUUUUCUUUGUUUCCAAUUACAAGAGUUAUUUGUAAAAGCUCAACUGUUGUAUUUUAUUCUCUCUGUCUUCCUUCCUUAAAGUAAUGUUUAUUUAGAUAGAACACAUGUAGAUGUGUUAGUCAUAAUAAUCAUGUGAUUAAGGAGGCAAUGGAAAUAAGAUUAUUAUUAUUAUUAUUA